UGAUAAUCAAUGAUCCCUAAAACAUUUCAUAAAUUACCUUAUAAUCAAAAGAAAAAUAUAGCAAAUAGAGAGCAAUGGACGAGAACAAGAACACCAAUAGUAUCGCGAUCGAUCAGAAGCCGAAUCAAGAGCUUCUGAAGGAGCCCAAAAUAUCAAAUGGAGAAGGUGCCUCCAAUGAUGCUGAACUACAGAAGCCAAUUCAGAAGGAGACCACCUGAAGUAAUUUUGAGAGCAGACCUCAAACAAGACAGCUCAAAGAGGCUGGAUCGAGCACAUUCAGCACAGAUGUAGUCAUAAAGGAUGUAAAGACAAUGGCACCUAAAGACUGUUCUCAGGCUCAAGUUAAUAAUUUCAAACCGGCUAAUGAAACUAAGGAUGGUGGUGAGAUCCCAGUCAUUCCUAUUAAAGAGGGCAAAGAAGGCAGCUCUGAUGGAUGAGAUACACAAAAUCUCUCUAAAAACACUACUUUAGAUAAGACCCCGAGCUAUGAUGAUGGUUGCCCCCAAGUGAGGGAAAGUUUUCUGAAGAAUUCCACUAAAGCCCAGUCACAAAAUUUACCUAAUGGUAAAAGUGUUGAAAUCUCAGUAGAAGAGCCCAAGAGUGAGGGCAAUUCGCCCCUCAAAGAUGCUAGUCAUGAGAAAAAGCUCACCAGCCCAUCGAGGGAGGAAGAAAAGGCAAAGAGAAGCUGAAUUGAACCUAAUUACACUGUAGAAGAGAGUAAAUCCUCUGUGAUAGAGAAGAACUUCGAGGAUUCUAAUAAAGAUGUCUCCCAGAUACCAUUGAGAAGAAUUUCUAAGGAAAAGGCAGAGGAAAUUUGUCUUGGAUGGAUCAAUGGCUUGAAUUCUAUGGAAGCUAAAACAGAUAUACCAUGUGAGAAAGACUGUUCUGGUAAAGAAAUGCCAGAGUAUUGCUCUAACAGAAUUUGACCAAUAUCCAUUGAGAAAAUCCAAAAGACCACAAAAGUCAUGAAGAAACUAAAGAAAGUGAAAAUGAGAAAAGUAAACUUGAAAAAUGAGUACACAAACGAAGAGAGGUGGUAUUGCUUAAAAUGCAUCAAAGCUCACAAUGAAUCUCUAUACUGUUUCUACUGCUGUCAAAUCUACUUCAGCGAGGAAGAAGGAUUAGAGGAUGAAGAAAAGAUUUGGAUUUGCUGUGAUAAAUGUGACAGAUGGAUCCACUUAGAAUGAGAUAUAAAGACAGGAAAUAACACCAAAUUGAAAGAACAAGACUAUAAGGCAAAGAGUUUUAAGUACUCAUGUCCUGAAUGCAGGCCAAGCUCUGUUAAGAAGAAUACUACUAAGAAAGAGCAGAGAAAGGCUACCAAGAAGAGCCUUCCCACAAAGUCUGAGAGAACCAAAAAGAUUAGAGCUGGAGAGAGCCAAGGAAAAGACCAAAUCUCAGAGAUUAACUCUCAACAGAAUAGACUUCAGAACUCGAAAAGCUCUGGCUUUGAAAAUGAAAUGAAAAUGGAAGAGAGUCAGGAUCACAACAUGGGGGUAGAAGACUCUUAUACAUAUCAGGACGAAGAGAGUAAGAAUGAUCAACUUGAGAUAAACCACAAGGGCUAUUCUGUAGCGUCUAAUGACUCUAGAAGAGUCAAUAAAUCUAGGAAAGCAAAGAAAUCUAAGAACUCUAGAGAAAAGAUGGCUAGGAAUAGAGGAAAGCUCAAGAGAUCUCAUGAGGAGUACAGCCAGAUGGACUAUCAGAGUGGUAUGGAGGCUAUAAAAGAGUUGACUAGGUACAGAAGUCUCAAGAUCGCUAAAGAAAGAGAGGACAUAGUUGAUCCCAGAAGUCUGGCUCCCAAAGUUCUUCAGUUUUGAGGUAUCACACCUAACAUGAUCAUGGAAAGAGUUGAUAGAGACUUAGAACUCAUUAAACAGCAGCUACAAGAGGACAUUCAGAAUGGACACAACAUUACAACUGCAGUACUCAAUGAGUUGUCAGAGAGCGAAGUGAUAUUCAACAGUCCUGAGAAGGAACUCGAAAGAGCAAGCUACCGAGCUAACUCAUCGAUGAGGUUAGCAAAUAGCAGCUUUGGAGGAGUCACAACAGAGAACGGUUAUGGAAAAGCUUUGAGACCUAGAAGAAGUAGAGUCUCUAGGAACAGACACCAAUAAUUCAGACUAAUCCAGAGCCUGGAUGCCUUCCUAGUGGGAAGGUAGCGGGGGCCCUAU